GAAGAGAAGUUUUGAAGUUUGUAGACAGCUCGACUUCAGCUUAUUAGCAUGUCAUGAAGUUGUUGGAGUUGACCUGUAAAGAGGCGGUGAAGAAAAGAAAAAAAUAAUCAACACACAGUUUUUAUUGUUUCUUCAUUAACGAAAGACGAUUUCAAGAUGCUCGUAAGCAUUUCAGAGUAAAUUUUGCUUUAAAUCGAUCGUGUUUGAAGAAUUGUGGAGAAUUUCAGUUGAUGCCAAGUCGAUGUAGACUUUAAGAUCAUUUUAAUCGUAAUAAAAGUGCAGUAACAGAUUUUAAGUGAAACCCAAAACGACUUUUUUUGUGCUGUUGUGUUGUUAGUGUUUUUCAAUUCACAUUCUCGAGAUCAACUUUUUAGCUCGUGCUUGAUGUAGAAAAAAAGAAGAGAGCACAAAAAAAGGAAACAAAUAUUUUUUAUCUGGAGAGAAACAAAAUAAAAGUUUUACUUAAGGAAAAAAGAAAGAGAAAGAAAGAAAAGUUUCCAAGAAGUGAAAAGUAUUUGGUGGGAUAACAAAGUUUAAUAAUGACUCAUAAACUACAAAACAUUCUCUUCUUAAAUCUCGUGAUUUUUAUGCUAAUUUAUUGCGCAUAUGCAUCAUUGAGUGGUGUUUAUGUCGACAAUGGACAUCAAACGAUCCUCCAGCAUCAACUUACAAGAGACGAGACUCAAGAAGUUGAACAUGAAAUUUUAGAUUUACUUGGAUUAGCCGAUCGACCGAGAAGAAAGCGACAUCACAUUCAUCCUUCCCUAAGAAAAUCAGCACCGCAGUUCUUAUUGGAUAUUUACAAAAAGUUGAAAACAGCUGAAGAUGGGGAAGAUGAAAGAGUGAAACGAGAAAUUAAUGGCAAUGAAAUUUAUCUCAGCCCAGCAGAUGAAUAUGCAAUUGAUCAGUCGGAUAUCAUCAUGACAUUUUUAAGCAAAAAUCAUCAUCACGUACAACAAGAAAUGCGACACGAACAUGGACGUCGUUUGUGGUUUGAUAUUUCUGAAGUUGGUCGUGAUGAAGUCACACUUAUGAUGGCCGAACUAAGGCUUUAUCAAAACUCACUGCUCAGUAAGUUUGAUGAAGAAAAGCCAUUGACAAUCAGCGUUUACAUGAUUGAGAAAAGACUCGAACAGGAUCAAGUAACUUUGAAACUUUUAUCGUCUAAGAAUGCGACGACACUAUCUGAUGGUUGGCUUGAGUUGAAUGUGACACAAGCAAUGAAGCAAUGGAUAGGCGAUAAAGACAGUAAUCUUGGACUUAUGAUUAAAGCAAAUUUAAAUGAGAGACCAGAGAAAAAUUUAAGAUUUGAUGAUUUCGGUUUGAUAAGCUCAAGAGGUGAUGAAGACACUCAACCGUUCAUACCUUUUAUGGUUGGAUUCUUCAAAGGUCAAGAGAUGAUUAAACCUAAAAAAGAUGUUCAUCAUCAUCAAAGUAAACGAUCAAAGAGGCAAACGAAUCAGAAGAAAAAGAAGAACAGACAUAAUUCAGAACAUCGAAAUCCUUUGAUUCAUGGAGAUCACAAUCCCAAAAGUUGUCAAAUCCAAACGCUUUAUGUGAGCUUUAAGGAUCUUAAGUGGCAAGAUUGGAUAAUUGCACCAGAUGGUUAUGGAGCUUUUUAUUGUGCUGGUGAAUGUAAUUUUCCUCUUAAUGCACAUAUGAAUGCGACAAAUCACGCCAUUGUUCAGACUCUCGUACAUUUAAUGCAUCCGACAAAGGUUCCUAAACCAUGUUGCGCGCCAACAAAACUCAGCGCUAUUAGUGUACUUUAUUACCUUGAUGAUUCAAAUGUGAACUUAAAAAAAUACAAGAAUAUGGUUUUUUUAAGAAAUUUAUUGUUACCCAGAAUUUUUCAAGCUGCAAACACUAAUCCUCAACGGAGCCUUACAACGAUGAGUGAUAAUAAUAAAGACUCAUGGCUGGAAAAGGCGAAGAAAAUUGUUCCGCGGCUAACAAAUGAAAUGCAUAAAGGUGAAGCGGGUCGUAUUGGAAUUAUUGGAGGUUCACUAGAAUAUACUGGAGCUCCAUUUUAUGCUGGUAUGGCUGCUUUGAAAGUUGGCUGUGAUUUAGUCCAUAUUUUUUGCCCGCAAGCUGCUGCACUGCCAAUUAAAUCAUAUUCACCAGAACUUAUCGUUCAUCCUCUGCUAGAUGCAGAAAAUGCUCUUGAUUUGAUUGAGCCUUGGCUAAGCCGCCUUCAUGUACUUGUAAUAGGAUCGGGUUUAGGUCGUGACCGAAAUAUUCUCCAUACAGUGUCAGAGCUGAUAAUUUGUUGCAAGAAAUCUCAAAAGCCGCUUGUUAUUGAUGCCGAUGGUCUUUUCUUACUUACACAGAAUGUUUCAUUACUCCACGAUUAUAAAAAUGUGAUACUUACGCCCAAUGCAAUGGAAUUAUUCAGACUCAUUGGAGAUUGUGACGACAAAUUACAAGCGUUGGCUGAAAAGGUUGGACGAAAUAUUAUUGUUUUAGAGAAAGCUAUGAAUGAUCGCAUUUACGACACGGAAAACCUUGUGAAAGUUGAAUGUCCAACUGGUGGGAGUAACAGAAGAUGCGGUGGUCAAGGAGAUUUACUUGCAGGAGCUCUUGCAACUUUCUACCAUUGGUCACUCAACUUUUCUACAAGUGAUAAUGCUGGUAAAACAAUUGCUGAUGAAGCACAUCCAGCAAUCCUUGCAUGUUAUGCUUCGAGUUUUUUGAUCAAAUACGUAAAUAAAUUAGCGUAUGAGAAGUAUGGAAGAAGUCUCACAGCUCAUGAUAUGCUUCAUUGUAUUCAUGCUGGAUUCAAUGAACAUUUCGAACACGAAGAUUUCAAACAAUCUUGUUGAACUUGAAAUGUUGACAGAAAAGAGUUCUAAAAUGUUUUUUUACGGAGCAUGAAUGCUUGCAUGGGGUGUAAUAAAUUUUGCUAUAAUCCUUUAUAAUGACAUGGAUCAAUAAAAAAAGUAUAUCUAAUAAAAUAUUAACAAAAAUGUAGGAAAAA